AUGACAACGGUGGCUGCACGACGACCUUACACGCCUCAUCUUCAACAGGCUCAUCCCAUGGAUUACCGUCCGUAUAAAACACUGAGUCCUCCCACCUGUCAUGCUCUCGCGGAUCCACGACAUGGACGCAGUGAGCAGGUGGAAUUCUCAAAGAAGUUGUUUUCGGUCCCGCACCACAACAAUCGCAAACAAAACAACACAUAUCAAAUGCAGACGAAUCCUAUCCCCUCUCCUCCGAAUCACCUCCUUUCCAUCUUGCAAGCCUCAGACAAGGUGAAGGGCCAAUCACAUAAUUUACUGCUUGCAGCACAAGCCUAA